UUAAUUAGAUGUUCCACAUAUGAACAGGAUUACAAGCUUGGAUUUACAGAAUUCACUUAGUGCUGUAUUUUAAACACUGGACCAAAAACAAGUAGAUCAAUAAUGACUGUAGGUGGUGUUUGCAUAUGUUUAGAUGGUUUGCAACCCACCAGUAAAUCAGGGAGGUGUCCUGUUUGGUUCACCUAGUUUUUGUCGUGGCCACGGCAUAUUUAACUCGUGGGGACGUGAUAUUAUGUCUUGGCCACGAGACAAAAGGCAUUUAUCAAGGUAACGACAUCCUUGUGUUGUGGCCUGGAGAUGCUACGUUGAAGGAGCUAUAUCCAUUUCUCCUGGAGACGAGUUUAUUGCCUAAACAAACAUGUGACCAUUGCAACCCGGCAUUAUCUGAGAUUGAUUCAUUAUUAUUAUUUUUUUGAAUUAAUAUUUUUUCUAUUAAUUGGUAUAGAAAUGAUUACAUCCUUUCUUUUAUUGUUUUAUAAAAUAAAUUAUUAUAUUAUGCAUUGCAUGAUAUGUAAACAGCAUUUGCAUUAAGUUUAUCAUGAAUAAACGUUACAUAAAGUAAAGAGGCCUACAAAAAACAUCUGUAUCCAUCUCACAGUCUUGCUAGCUAUGUGUGUCCAUUAACUGAUCUUCUUUUGUCGUAAUAUUUGUAUAUCAUCAUUAUUAAAAAUGUUUUAUCCAUCUCUGAUAAUCCCGGGUUGCUAUGGUCACGUAGGUCUGUUUAUAAACACGUAGCCACGAGAAAAAUACGUCGUUCCCUUAAAAUAAAAAGUCGUGGCCACGAGAAAUGGAUCUUGUUUCUUCAGCAUAGCAUCCCGAGGCCACAACAUAAGGAUGUCGUUACCUCGACAAAAAUAUCUUGUGGCCAAUAUGACGAUCCCACGAAUUAAUGGCCACGACAAAACUUCGUGAACCGAACACGACACCCCCCGGGCACCGUAGUUUUUGUACCUUCGACUCCUCUCCUUUGGUUGGCGCUGAAUCACUGCUGAAUCGAUUUAUUUCUGUGGCUAAAGAGGAACAUAUACAUGGUCACAUGACCACACAGACUUGUGUUUACAUUCUGCCUUACUGUAACGUUACGCCGAAACAAAAUAACCGCGAGCUAACAGCAAAAUGACCAAACUGCAGGUCAUCAACACCUUUCUGACGGAGCGCCUAAUGGCGACGCUGAAUGAAAUCAUGGACAUGAUCGGCGGGACUGUCCUGCAGUAUGAAAAAGAGCUGGACAGCGUGCAGAAGGACAACGAGUAUUUGAGACGCAGACUGAAGGAGAUUGAGAAACUCGUCGAGUCAAACGGUCCAGCUAUUUCAGACCCCGCCCCAUCAUCCCCACCACCGCAUCUAAAGUGGACUCCCAGCAUUGAAACUGAAACCAUGCCAACAGAGAUCUAUCAGAAUCAGAACCAGGUACAAACCGAACAGCUCACCAGCACGAAAGUAGAAGAGUUCUCCAACCAUGCUCAUCUGGUGUUGACCGAAUCAGACACCGAUAUACCUUGUCCCCAGUUACCAAACCCACUGGCUCGUACAGACGAGGACUUUGAAACAUCCUCUUUAAACGAAUUUCCUUGUGGUGUAAAAACAGAGCCCUUUGAAAGUCUCGAUUCACAAUCCACCGCUGCUAACACAUCAGGCUACAGUCCAACACCUCAUUGCACUCCUCAGUUACCAGCUACUACCGAUAUUAACCACAAGUCUGAUCCUAAAGUGUUCAGUGUAUCGAAUUCCACUGAUCUGGAAUCAGCUAAACGGAUGAAGUUAAAGGCUAAAACCUUGCAUGUAUCCCUCAGUAAAAUAAGCCAAAAUGUGUUAAAGACCUCUUGUCCUGAGUCAGGUGUAGCUCACGCCAACUACAACACCGCUCAUCAAAACUCAGACUCCAGAUCACUUAGGAACGAUGCUAUUAGCGGCAACUCUCAUCUCGGUAUAGCUAACGUUACGAUUAACCCCCUACGUCACUCGCCGUUCAGCAGAGAGAUCAGGCAGUUUCGGGGAAGAGGACGGGGACGAGGAAGAGUCAAAGGUCCUGGGACGCACGUAUGCCCUCAGUGUGGAAAACUCUUCCCCCAUCACUCCCGGCUAAAGGUGCACAUGCUCAUUCACACAGGGGAGAAGCCUUACGCUUGCGCUCAGUGCGGGAAACGCUUCAACAACGACGGGACUCUGAGGAACCACAGCCGCGUGCAUCUGCAGCUCCGUCUGUUUGACUGUCCUGUGUGUGCACGGAGCUUUAAAGAUGCCUACACCUGUCGAAAUCACAUGCGUGUUCAUAAUAGGUGAGGCAAUUGGUGAUUCUGCUUCAGCAGCCAAACUGAACAGAUCUUGAGCUACAGGAAAGACUCAAGGGAGGUUUUCCCUGGUGAUCGUGACAUGUGUUGUGCUGGAUUAUAGAGACAUCUAAAAUGUGCUAUGCUGGGAGACCCCCGUGGGCAGAAAAGA